CACGCAUCCAGCCCGCGAGAGCUCGGUCGGUGAUGUGUCACUGUUGAUGAAAUUUCUGCAGGUGUCCCAGAAUUCUGCGCUGGGUGGCGCCCACCUGGCUUUCCUCUUCCUUGUGCACGGCGAAGAGAAGUAUCUAGAGGUUCUAGAGUCCGAGCUCGGAACUCUGAAAGAGCAGAUCGUGCGGUGUCGUCGGCGCAGCAGUGCUUUGCUCCAUGAGGAGCUCGAGCACAACGAGAUCUUGUCAUCAGGAGCGGCGGCCGGAUCUGACAAGCGGACCGCGAUCAAGCAGAAGUACGCGAAGCGUGAGGAAGAGCAAAUCAAUACGCACCACAGUUUCUGGGUCUCCGAUCCCACCGAUCCAGUGGGACAGAUUGCCUUCACACGGGAAGCCUUGCAACGGCGCCGCGAACUUGCAGCUGCGAAUAAGCGGGUCACGAACGUCGUGUUUCCGGGCUUUCUGCAUCUCGUGACGGGCGGGACCUACGGCGCACCAGAAACGGUCCCCAGUGACACAGCGCACGCGCGACCGGAAGACAGCAAGGACGAUUCCAAGAAAAAGCCUAAGAACGCAGAAGGUGCACACAAAGCACCACAGCCAGCACCAGCAACCGCCCGCAGUGCGACUAGUACUAGCUCUUCGGACUACUCGACCGGCACAAGUGACAGUAGCAGCGAUGCUGGUGCCCCUGCUGGCAAGCCAGGUGCACCAGCGAAGUCGGGUGCCACUGCUGCGGCACCUGGCGCGGCUCCCGCUGAUAAGGCUGGCGCAAAAGCAGCCGCCAAAGCGGCAAAGAAGGAGGCCAAGG